CAGCAGCAGCAGCAGCAUUAGACCUGCAGACGAAUUGUUUGAUUAGCAACUAGAUGUAGCUUUUUCUAAACAUUUUUUAUCAUUAGAAACAUGCCCUGAAUUAAAGUCCCUCUUACGGUCCAUGGGCCAAUUUCCAGACGGCACCGACAAAAGGAGCCAGACGUUGCGUUUGAAAGCGUUAGCACUACUAACCAGCAAGCUAACACCGGGUGAUUGUCCUUUUCCAGUAUGUUACAGUAAUUUUUGAACAGAAUGUUUCGCGUAUCUGUCAGCUACAUACUACUCUGUGGACAGUUUUUAUUGUUGGUAACGGUCCUGUUGCUGCAAUGUCUGGAGGGAAUCCAUUCUCAAAAUUCGUCGGAUACUCCUUCACCACCUGGCAAUGGGGUUACGACGUUAUCACCAACAACAUCCACAUUUGUGGACCAAGCUGACAACAUCACCAAUGCCACUGAAGACCCACCUGAGCCGUAUGAGUACAACGGGGAAUCACCAGUUGUACUGUGCAGUUAUUUACCUGAAGAGUUUGUGUUCUGUCAGGAACCUGUAGACCACGCAGGUAACUACACAGCAUAUCAGGAGCUGGGACACGGAUGCGUCAAGUUCGGCGGACAGGUGUUCAAAGAUGUCAACCACACUCCAGUCUUGUGCACAGCUUUGGAUGACAUUGAAUGUGAUGGACCAAGAGAGUUUCUGAGAGGACACGAGCCGUGCAUCAAGUACACGGGCCACUACUUCAUCACCACGCUGCUCUACUCCUUCUUCCUGGGCUGCUUCGGCGUGGACCGCUUCUGCCUGGGCCACACGGGCACAGCGGUGGGCAAGCUGCUCACCUUGGGCGGCCUGGGCAUCUGGUGGUUCGUCGACCUGAUUCUGCUGAUUACGGGAGGUCUGAUGCCAAGUGAUAGCAGUAACUGGUGCACCUUCUACUGACAUUGGGGAACGUUGACCCAGCCCCCCCGGGGGUGGAGGUGGAGAGAAGGAGGUUGAGGACAGGCUGGGAAGUGACACUGCAAAAAGAAAAACAGAAACAGAUACUGCUUCUGAUGCAAAGACAGGAUUUUUUUUUUGCACAUCCGCAUGCAUCAAAGGCGCUUUAGCUUGAGCGGAUCUGUUGCGUCUCGUAGUGACACCUGAACGUGCGCACCACUGUUACACAAUGAUGGACUCUGUACAGACUGAAAAUGAACAGAAAAGGAUCAGAGACACACAGUCGACGCUGGUGACUUAAAACACUGUAAAUAUUCUUGCUCUUGUGUAAUGUGCAUUGUAUGUCUGCCAAGCUUUAUGACAUUGCCGCUUGGACUGUUUUUUUUUUUUUUUCUUCCCCGGUGUUGACUGCCAAUUUAAUUGUUGCUUUUAAACCUGUGACAUAUUUUCAAUCAGCCUUGGCUUUUGGGUAUUGUCACCCUUCAAUGGGAUUGGAUCUAACUCGAUAGAUUCUCCUCAGGUAGCCUAUUUGAAUACAAUUCGCUUGCCUGAAUAGGAUGAAUAGGAUAAAAGCUGGGAGGGCCUCCAAUGUAAACACAGCCUUGCUUUGCGUUAGAUGGACGAACAAAACUCCUGGCUUUACGUCAGAUUUCUUUAGUCGUGCUGUAGGUAGGAAACGUGCUUUCAAUGAACUUGUUGCAGAAUUUGCCAAGUUAAUCACUGAUGUUAUUCACUUUCACAUGGAAGAAUGUCAUUGUUAUUGUAUUUGUGUUCAAUAGAAUGUUACCUCAUCCAUACUCACUGUCUUUCUGCACCCAGAUACCCAAGCUUAACCAGAAAAGAGUCAUGGCAACAAUCCCACAGUCAACAGUUCAAUAAAGUGAUGGUGUUUGUCA